AUGUCUUACCGUUACCUUGACGAAUUAACGUCCGUAGCAAAACAGCGAUAUCUCGAAAAAUUGGAGGUGAUUAAACUAAAAGAAUGCCCAUAUCGUCUGCCAGAAGGUUCGUGGUCUGGUGAAAUGAGUGGAUGGCCUAGUGUAGAAUAUCCUGACAUCUAUGAAUACCUGAUAAAUACUCCAGGCCUACACACAAGAGAAGCAAUGAAAAACUGGAAAAGCUUGGAGGCAUACAACCAGUUCCAGUCGGGAUGGGUUCAAAAAGUGGUUUCGCUCAAGACUGAUGAUAACAUCGUCGUACUUUCAGCUAAAGUCCUUCAUUCUCAAAGACUUAACGAGGAGCCACUAAGUCCUUGGGUAGCUGCGAAAAUCAAUGGGACAAUCAUAUGUGCACAUUGUAACUGUAUGGCAGGACUGGGAGAGUCCUGCUCUCAUAUUGCUGCCCUGUUAUUUAAAAUUGAGGCAGCAGUUCGACUUGGGUAUACAUCUGUUGCCUGCACAUCGAGGCCAUGUGAAUGGAAUAACGAUUUUGUUGCUGAAAUACAAGGUGCCCAGGUCAAAGAUAUUCUAUUUUAUAGAAAUUCAGAAAAAAGAACUUCCCAGCCCAGGAGCACAGCACUUUCAUGCUCAUCAGAGCUACAACAAAACAAUAUUCUUGGAAGACUGAAGGGUCUACCAGCUAAGGAUCAGCCAGUUGGACUGAGUCUUUUUAGUCAAUUUUCAGCUUCCUUUCACCAGAAAGAAGCCUCGCCCCUAAUCCCCAAACUUCCUAAACCUCUGAGAAGCUAUUACAGUCCUGAUACAGAUGACAUUGAGUUCAUAAUGAAGUCAAUGUAUGAAGAAAAAGUUACAAAAGAUGACAUUGCCUUUAUUGAGCAUGCAACCUUAGGUCAGAGUGAUUCAGUUGCCUGGAGACAAGUUCGAACUGGCCGAAUUACAGCAUCAAUUGCAUUUGAUGUCUUGCAUACCAAUCAAGAAAGGCCAUCAAAGUCUCUAAUUUUGAAGAUUUGUUUGCCAAGCAAGCCUAUCCCAGUGCCCUCAAUUAUUUGGGGGAAAGAGAAUGAGGAAAAUGCCAUAAGGGAAUUUUCUUGCCAGCUUGAAAAGAAGCAUCAAGGCGUAGUUAUAAGUAAAUCUGGAAUCAGAUUACACAACAGGUUUCCUGUUCUAGGUGCUUCUGCAGAUGCUAUAGGGAAAUGUGUCUGCCAUGGUGAAUUUCUCAUUGAAGUUAAAUGCCCACAUAGCCACAGAGAUAAAAAAAACAUUGAAGAAUGUAUUCCUGACAAAGAUUUUUGCCUAAAUGAAAAUCUUCUAUUAAAAACCAAACACAAAUACAUGACCCAAGUGCAGAUGCAAAUGGCUGUAUAUGAGGUCGAAACAUGUUUUCUUGUUGUUUGGGCUCCCCAGUUUUGCUAUGCAACAAAAGUGGCAUAUGACAAGAAUUUUGAAAAUGAUAUUGACAGUCUUGUCAAAUUUCAUAAAAGCCAUGUGGCCAAAGAGCUUAUUACAAGGAAAAUUGAAAAAGAAAAGGAAAUGGAAAAAUCCAAAGAAAAGACCCCUACAGUGAAAUUGUACUGUGUGUGUCAAAAGCCUGAUACAGGAGAAGAAAACAUGAUUGGAUGUGACAAUCCAUCCUGCAAAUAUGAAUGGUUUCAUUUCUCUUGCAUCAGAAUGAGGAGGCCCCCAAAAGGAAAGUGGCUAUGCAACUAUUGCAAAAAAAGAGAAUAA